GCGGCCCCGCCCGCCGCCGCCGCGGUGCCCUGCGCGGCCCGGCCCAGCCCAGCCCAGCCCAAACCCGCACCCGCAUGGGCUGAGGGAGGCGGCGAGGGGCCGGGGGGACGGGGACGGAGCCGGAGCCGGAGCCGGGAUGUCCGCGCCCUGCUGCGCCGGCCAGUUGGCCUGCUGCUGUGGCACUGCUGCGUGUUCCCUGUGCUGCCGAUGCUGCCCCAAGAUAAAGCAGUCAACCAGCACCCGCUUCAUGUACGCGCUUUACUUCAUCCUGGUGACCAUCAUCUGCUGUGUCAUGAUGUCGACGACGGUAGCUAACGAGAUGAAAGCACGCAUUCCGUUCUAUGAGCAGAUGUGCAAGGGAAUUCAAGCAGGUGAAAUGUGCGAGAAGUUGGUGGGAUACUCUGCAGUGUACAAAGUCUGCUUUGGAAUGGCCUGCUUCUUCUUUUUCUUCUGCUUGUUCACCAUCAAAAUUAACAACAGCAAAAGCUGCCGAGCUUAUAUUCAUAAUGGAUUCUGGUUUAUUAAGCUUCUACUUCUGGCAGCAAUGUGCUCAGGAGCAUUCUUCAUUCCUGAUCAGGACACUUUCCUCAAUGCCUGGCGCUAUGUAGGAGCAACAGGAGGUUUCCUUUUUAUUGCUAUUCAGCUCAUCCUGCUUGUUGAGUUUGCACACAAGUGGAACAAAAACUGGACUGCAGGUGCAAACCACAAGCAGAUGUGGAACGGUUUGCUCGCCCUGGUCACUCUCGUCUUGUACUCUGUUGCUGUGGCAGCCCUGGUCCUCAUGGCUCUCUUCUACACACGCUCAGAGGGCUGCAUGUACAACAAGGUCCUGAUCGGUGUCAAUGGUGGCCUGUGCCUCUUCGUGUCGCUGGUAGCCAUAUCGCCCUGUGUCCAGAAUCGCCAGCCCCAUUCUGGUUUGCUGCAGUCAGGAGUUAUCAGCUGCUAUGUCAUGUACCUCACUUUCUCAGCAUUAUCCAGCAAGCCACCAGAAACCAUCCUGGAUGAAAACAAUCAGAACAUCACGAUCUGUGUACCUGAAUUUAGCCAAGGCCUGCAUGGAGAUGAAAACCUUGUUACGGGUCUGGGUACUACCAUUCUCUUUGGCUGCAUUUUAUACUCUUGUUUGACCUCAACAACACGUGCAAGCUCUGAGGCAUUGAGGGGAAUAUAUGCAGCACCUGAAACUGAAGUAGCUCGUUGCUGCUUUUGCUGUGUGCCUGAUGGAGAUGCUGAUGCUGAAGAGCACACUGAAAAAAGAGGAGGCCAGACCGUGAUUUACGAUGAGAAGAAGGGCACAGUGUACAGCUAUGCUUACUUCCACUUUGUUUUCUUCCUGGCUUCACUCUAUGUAAUGAUGACAGUAACCCACUGGUUCCACUAUGAAAGUGCUCAAAUUGAAAAAUUCUUCACUGGAACCUGGUCCAUCUUCUGGAUUAAGAUGGUCUCCUGUUGGGUUUGUGUCUUUCUAUAUUUAUGGACUCUUAUUGCUCCACUGUGUUGCCCAACCAGACAGUUCUCAGUAUGAACACUCAGAAGAUCCUUCUGCAUAUUUACUUUUUUUUUUUCCUGUUACAAAUAAAGUACAGCAGUCACUUUGUAAUGAGGAGAAACCUAUUGCCCAGUUACCGUAAUAUACCAGGUAUUAACUUUUUAGUCAGACUAAAAUGACUGAAGACAUUUUUUAACCUCUUCUAAUUGUCAGGAACAAGUGUUGCCCAAGGGGAUAAAUCUGUUCCAAAAUUUUGUAACACUCGUGUAUAGUAUGGGAAAUUUGGUUGUUGCAGAAACUGGAAUAGGUGAAAUACUUUUCAAAUAACUGACAAUCUUUCUCUUACUUCAUUGAUAAGAACAGAAAAAAAAAUAUGGUGCAGAUGUAUCUUCUUCCUGUGAAUGUUGAAUAUCUUCUAGCAAAAUGCAUUCCUUUUUAUACUCUUAUUCACCGUGUCUUUAGCAAUGAUAAUUUGGAUUGCUGUUUUUACAGCCUAUAAUUCUUGUAAGUAGCAACCAGAUAAUUUUUUUCCAGAAAGAUACCUAAAUACUUCUGUAGAAAUAGAGAAUAUGCAAGAAUUUGACUGCCAAAGCAUCUUCUAAAAAUUGUAAAAAUGUUAAAAUAUAUUUUAAGUUAUUGUAUACCUAGACUGAGAAAGGAAUGUACCAUUGAUAAUAGAGUAUUUAUCCUAUUUUAACUUAAACAGGCACCUAAAUAUUUUAAGUAACUCAGAAUUGGUCUAGUUGUUAACAAAAGGAGAGUUUUACACACAGAUUCUUAAAUGAUGCUUUGCCAGAGUAAGAUUAGUAACUAUAAAGUUUGUGUACUGUAUGGGGAUUUAAUAUGGUACAUUCUUUAUUUGGAAUGUUUGCUGUUGAGAAAAUGCUAAUUACCGGAGCGCUGCCAGUUGCUGUUGGCUGAGCACUCCGCUUUUAAAGUCACUUUUCUACCCUGCUGUCUCAGCCUGUUCCUGAAAAUCUCCCAGGGUCUUCAGUUCUGUUUCUAUUCCUAAUUUGAUAAUAUUUAAAAUGCAGUGGUAGUCAGAAAAAGGACUAUAGUAUAUCGUCUUCCUUUUCUGCUUGUGCGUUGGUUGGAAGGUUUCUUCCUAACUGCUAUAAUUCUAUACCCUCUGUUGAUGUUCAUUUUGCUGUUGGAAUGGGAGAUAGACAACUGAUUAAUUCAUGGAGACUGAACUUCUUUUGGAGAACUCCUAUUCCAGGCAGCAGGGUAAGCAGCCAGGAAAGCAAAACCAGAAAACACAAGUGUGACAGCAGCUGCCUUAGUGCAAAUGACUGACUUGACAAUAUUAAGCCCUAUUAUAUCGCUUUUGUUUGCUUCAAGCAGAUGAUUUGGUGGUAGAACAACAGCUCAGCUGCUCUAAGUGCUGAAUACGUUUGAACACACUUCAGUUAUCUACAUUCCAGUGGGAAAAAAAUAUGACUUACAUUAGUACCAGAGUCUUUCUCUUCUCUCUCUGUGUAUAUAUAUACAUACAAUGUGAAAUGUGCAGGAUAUAAACAAAAUCAACCAAUUUAGCAGGGUAUUUUUGUUGGUUCUUUUUUUUUUUUAAUAUGGUUGAGCCUUAAAUCGUCACUCAAUGCUUUCUACAAAACAAAAGCACAACAUAGAGGUCAAUGAGAUGGCCAAAAUAUUUGCAUGCCUUAUUUGUUCUGUUGCAAUAACUGAUAGCUAAGGCACGCAUGGUGAGUAAUCCUAAAAUGCAACAAAUCUCAGCUUUGCUUCCGUUUCCUUUGACACUUUUAGCUGACAUCUUGCUGUGGUAUCCUAGGGCUUCUGUCCUGCUUGGAACGUGCUAGGAGUGUGAUCCUCCCAACUCCAAGCACUCUUACCUUGAGCAAAAUCCACAGGUUUGUAGUCCUGCAUACUUGUAUUACCUACCCCAGUGAUCAGGACUCAAAAUACCUCUGGUAUGAAGUCUGAGGAAAAGAGGAGUCUGCUCAGAGGUGAACCCCUUGCUCUUCUCAUUAUUUUCACCUAGGGAAAAAAAAAAAAAAGCAGUUGAAGCUUAUCUUUGAUGUUGAGUUAGAAGAGCAACCAAUAGCUCUGGAGGUGGUGGCAGGCUUUUGUCAUUGCUUUUGCUCAUGCUCUGAGAUCCUGGUCUGAUCAAGAGCUCUGCUAGCAUGGGGUCUGUCAGUAUCCCCUCGUGCAUUUGGAGUCUAGCCACGUAGAUGCUGCUGCAGCAGGGAGGCCUUUGUUAAUGCACAUCCAGGAAGCGUUUAUCUGCCCCAUCUCCAGGAUAAGAGCUUAUGGGCUGUGCAGUGAUGAGGAACAGUUGCCUCACCUAACUGGCAGCAGUUAUCUGACAGCCUUGAUCCAGAGCUACGACUGUGAGCUGCAACUGAGAUGGUCCAGCUCCUUGCCUCUCGCGUGGUGAAUGUGAACGCCGAUCCCUAACAUACAGAGGCUCCUAGGAGUGGCCUUCUCGUGUCACGUAUGCUAUGGUAUGAGAAACCAAGCGUAUUUUAUUAAAAUUAGCAUUGGUUUUUGUAACAGAACAAUCGGGGAAAGGAGCUCCACAGAAGAAGGCGUGUAUGACAUCUUACCUGUUUAAAAAAUGUUUAUUUUUGGUAGGUAGCAUCUUCCUACGCAAAGACUCGAUGUACCUCCUUGUGCUCAUUUUUUUUGUAGUUUGUAUUUAGGGAAAUAGGUUUUGCACAGAGGAAACAGGGUUGUAAGAGGAAAAUCCACGGUGAGACCUGAGUCUGUUCUUCACAGCACUUGUCUUGCUGAGUUGUUCCUUCAUCCUUCCCUUCCACCAGACCUUAGAUCUCUGCAGGUAUGCACAGGGUUGGAAUUCUGACUAUGCUGCCUCCGAUGCUUCUGAGCAAACACUGUGGAAAUGACCCUGACAAUAAUUAUUAGGACCUGUCUGUCCAUGCUGAGACCCCAGGUACAGCUGUGGGUCUCCAGGCCUUUCUACGGCACUGAUAAUCGCUGGCACCUCGGUGCACAAAGCCUCUGGCUCCUCAGUGAGGCCCAGACAGCCUCCUGAUGGCCUCGCAAAUCCUGCAGCCUUAGCAUUUGUAGUGAAAUCUGUACUGUGAACUGCCCACAUGCAACUACUUCAUACAAACCCGGGGCUAGCGUCUAAGAUUCCAAUGCCCAAAACGUACUUUGUGAACAGUUGACACAAAUGGGCUUUUAUAAUCUUUUUAACAAGUGCCUUUGGACCUACUGCCAUGAGAGCUAGUAAUUCAGGUGGCACUGGAACUGGAAAGCCUGGGCUGAGCCUGUGACUCGGUGCUGCUGCCUUGUACACGACACCGGCGCGUACGAGGUGCGGCCAUGACCUGUGGUGCAUGUGGAAGACCAAACAAUUGUGCUUGGCAAACUGCUGGAGCGGGACUGAUUUCAGAUGUAACGGUGCAGUGGAAGACAAACUGGGAAAACUCACAGACAGCCUGAUGAUUCUGUAAGUAAACAAGCAGCUGCUGCUGACACUUACACGGUAAGCUGUCAGACCUUCUCCCCCCGUUCUGAAAGGGCAGGUUGCUGUGCUCGAGGCAGUGCGGUGUCUCCUGCACCGACACGUGCCCUGCACCGUGGCUGUGCUCUGAGUUUGUUCCCAGAAAUAAGACAGCAGCGCAGCACUUCUGGCUCCUGCUAUUUUCGAACUGUGUGAAGUGAGGAAACUGCUGUUUCAAAGACAGGAAGACCAGAGAACAUGUCCUGUGCUGCGUUUCCUCUGGUUGAACUCAAAUGUGAACUAAUGCCAUUGUUUAGGGGACUUUUGGAGGAACGGUCCGGGUUGGCAGAAGUCAAUUCUGCUGGGAAAAUGGAGUACCGUACUGGCAUUUUCCUACUUUCCCAAACUUGCCAGCAGAUGGAAGGUUAGGUGGAACCUGGUUGCUGCGCUGCUGCCUGAGGCUGGGGCAGUUUUACUUGUGAGGGCAACCAGGAGCUGAAAUUGUGACUGGUUCUUGUUGGGGAUAAAAAUCAAUGGGAUGGACUCAGAGAGCGAGUCCCUGAGAGCCCAGACAGCCGGACUAACAAGUGAGGCCACGAAACCUUACAAAAAGCACGCGGAGAGCAGGUGGAGACGUCUGCCUGCUGCUUGCCACCCCCCUCCUCGCAGCGUGCGGCUGGGUGCUCUGUGCUCACAGGUCAGGGCUCGGCGCUUCUGAUGCUUCUUGCUCUGUCCCUCGGGCGUUUCCUUUUGGGAUUGAAAAGCUCAUUCGUACCCAGCUGAGCUGGUGGAUCCUGGCUAGGUUUGGGCCGCUUUUGUCUGAAACGGGUAAUGGGGUGCUGCUGGUGUGGGCGCAGUCCAGAGAGAGGGCUCACCCCUCGCGGUAGCAUGACCUCUGCACGCUGCGCACCUAUUUAUUUAUUUAUUUUGUGUUUUAGCACCUUUUUCACGAGCCCUGGAGCGCUUUGGCAGUGUGAGCUGUGCACCUGUAACUGCUUCACCAGCCACUGGCGCAGCAUUUUCUGGGCUGGGGCAUCGCCAGGAGCGGAGCAAGCAUUGCACUGCGGGGGGCGGGAGGGGAGCUGGCUUCUCACCACUGCAUCAGGAAUUUGGGGACCUGGGCGAACAGUCCACAGCGUCACAGGGAUCUCUGAACAAACCGGUAACAGAAUAAUUCACUGGCUGUUUUUAAAACAUGCUAUAAAGGAUUUUAUGCUAUAAACCAUCACGCUUUCCUCCUAAAUGUGUCAGUGAAGCAAAAUACUGCGAGAUUGUACAUACGGGGCUAAAUCAGCGAGAUUAUCUGCAGUUAAAAAAAUAUUUAUAUCUUUCCUUCAGGGCUUUGAUGCAGUGUCUCUUCCAUGCAAGUUGUGUCCCCUCAUUUUCCUUACCUUUCUCUCCCUGAGUCUGUUCUUUGAAGGCGCUGUAAGCCUGCUUAACUCCUGCUCUGCUGCCUGCAGCUGGGAUGCGGUCGGUGCUAGAGACGCGCUGAGUUCUCUGCCAGCUUUUCUCGUUCCUUGCCUUUCUGUACAAGGACAGCCUGCAGUGUUGAAGCAAAGUCCAGGAUGAUAGUUUUGUACAGGGAUCAGCUUUCCUCUGUGAAAAAUGCAUCUUUUGUUUUCCUGAGGUGGCCUGCAAGUUCUGGUGGGAGGAAAACACGUAACCAGGGCAGUGGAGCUUCACUCUCUGCUUCCAGCUUUGUAAACAGCAGUCUGAACCCGGGGCUUUGUCUGGCUACAAGGGAAUGCCAGGGGUCAAGUGCUUAGGAAGCGUGGGCUUUUUGUGCUCUUAAGAGUUUUUGUGCUCUGAAGAGGACACGCAGCUUGGGAACUGGUGCGUCUGCGUUUGCAACAUCCCCAAGGCACAGUGCAGAGCAUCCCGGGGAAAGGCAGGUACAGGGCACAGAGCCCGGAGGAGCAGCCUGGGGCUCCGGGUCAGGAGGCCUCACACUGUGAUGGCCACUUCCUAAGGCCAGGAGAAGCUCUGUAGGUUUCAAAAAUCCACUUGUGUUGUUUUGCUUUUUCUUUCCCCAACCCUGGUUUAGAAUCAUUCCACAUCUGUUCAACAAUACUGUGUUUUUUAAAAAACAAAAACACUUCGGAUUUAUUUCAAAUGCAAACCAGAUUGGCUCCCCCCGUCUGCCAGUCUCGCACAGCUCGCAGCCCUGCAGCACCCGGCUGUUUGCGGAGCUGCAGCCGUCAGCCCUGACACCGCUCCAGCAGCCGGCAGCUGCCAGGGCCCGCAUUAGUCGGAGUUGUGGGGUGCAGCCCUGGGGCUGUGUCUCUGCCAAAGAAGUCUCGGUCCGAAGCCAAGGAAAAUUUGGGAGAGCUGUAGGAAAAUAAUGUGCCGUUACUCAUACCUUUAGCUUUAUUUUUCCUCUUGCUGAUACACGUCCAGGUGCUUAGAUGUCAUUGGGUAUCCACGCAGACUUCAAGCGAGGAAAACUGAUGUUCAGAGAAAAUUUUUCAACUUGUCUCUACAAGCUGAGAAGAUAUUUACAAGGAACAUAUGGUUCAUUGUCUGUUUUUAUUUACCAGAAACCAGUGGUGUUUAGUCUCGUGUAUACCAUGUUUGAAAACUGGAUGCAAACUAGGGAAAAUGUAAACACUUUCUUAAUGGUGAAGGGUUUUUAAUUAGUCCUUUUCAAGGUUCUUAAUAUCUCAAGGGAACUCUUUGGUGUGUAUGUGUGGUUUUGUUUUAUUAAUCUGUAGCUCAGUGAAGUGGAGGUUUGCUAGUUUAUUUAACAUUUUUUGUGAGUGUUGUGACCUGUAUAACUGUAACGCUUUGACUUUUAAGGGUUGGUAGACUUCAGAAUUCUCAGAACUAAAUUGUAAAACAGCGUUUGCCUUUUUAAAGCAUGUUAAUGGUUUUUAUGGACACUUCCUUUUGUAUACUGAGUGAAUGUAUUGUUAUAGGUUUAAUGUUUAAUGGACCAAUAAAUAAAGUUUUUCUUACAUUUGAAA